AUGGCAGGUUUGGGGGCCACUCCACGCACGAAGAAACCCCCCAAGGAUGAGCAGGAGCCCUCGACCCCGAGGGCUGCGGCUCGCGGUGGUGCCAAGAGCCGGCAGAGAGAGGAGCAGAGUGUCCCGCGGGGGUGGGCGCGGGUCCCCGGCUCCCCCACCACCCCCGGGAAGGGGCGGCUGGUCCGGCCGAGCCCUGGGGUGCUGACCCCUGGAAGGGACGGUCCCAAGAAGAUCCGGUGCAAGUUGCAGCACACCCUGGUCCUGGAGCUGGAUGGGACCCUGCUCUACUCCUCCCUACUCGCCGACGGGCAGCAGGAUGCCACGGCCACCUUCACCACGGGCUUCCAGGCGAGUUCCUACGAGGUCCACGUGAAACUGCGUCCACACGUGCAGGAGUUUUUGGAGAGCCUUUCCAAGACCUACGAGAUCUUCAUCUACACCACUGCCAAGAAGGACUAUGCCAAGAAGCUCCUGGAGGUGCUGGACCCCAAGAAGAAGCUGAUCAGGCACUGCCUCUCCCAGUCCGACUGUGUCUGCUCCCAGGGCUGCUACUGGAAGGACCUGACCCGCCUGGGCAGGGACCUGGCCAAGACAGUGGCCCUGGACCACACCAUGCAGGGCUUCCCUGCCCAGGCUGCCAACUGGAUCUCGGUGCCGCCGUGGUCCGGGGACCCCGAGGAUGAGGAGCUGCUGCGCCUCAUCCCAGCGCUGGGCCAGCUGGGCCAGGCGGGAUCCUAG